AUGAAAGUCGGCAGCAUAAUUGGCCGGAAAGGUGAACUCAUCAAGAAGAUGUGCGAGGAAACCGGCGCCCGUAUCCGCGUUCUUGAUGGUGCUGUUGGGACUCCCGAUCGCAUUGAAAAUGAUGCUGAUGCUAAAGCAGCUGGAGCUACAUUUUGUUCUAUCCGGUUGUUGGCGGCAUCUACUCAAGCAAUCAGUUUAAUUGGAAAGCAAGGCUCCUUGAUCAAGUCAUUACAAGAGAGCACUGGUGCAUCUGUCAGGGUAUUGUCAAGCGAGGAAACUCCACCUUAUGUGGUAGCAGAUGAGAGGAUUGUGGAGUUGCAGGGGGAAGCUCUGAAGGUUCUUAAAGCUCUUGAAGCUGUGGUGGGGCACCUGAGGAAAUUUUUGGUUGAUCAAAUUGUUCUUCCUCUCUUUGAAAAGACACACAAUGUGGUAGUCACUCAAGAGCUUCAAGCAGAGACAAGGGCUGAAAGGUCAUCUCUACAUACUGUUUCUCAAGGUGGAAUUGGAGUCGAUCUUCCUGUUACUGCGAGGAGAGACUUUUUGUUCCUUGAACAUGAAAAACAGUUUGAGUCACAAAUCCCAUCUUCUGGAAUUCCAUUCUAUGGAGAGGAUCUUCCACAUUCGAUAGUACAUUCUAGUUCAGGGCUUCAUCGAUCUGCUGUUCCUAUAGUUACUCAGAUUGCUCAAACUAUGCAAAUACCAUUUUCUUAUGCUGACAUCAUUGGGAUUGGAGGAGUUAAUAUUGCACACAUUCGUCGCACCAGUGGGGCUGUCAUAACCGUGCAAGAAAGUGGGGGCUUAUCUGAUGAAAUAAUUGGCGAAAUUAAAGGCACCUCAACGCAGGUUCAGUUGGCUCAACAACAGAUUCAAGAGUUCAUAAGCAUUCACCAAGAUCCAAUUAGAAGGAGCAACUAUAGAGACACGAGUUAUAGGUCCCCUUUUUCGCUGGGCAGCAACACUUCUUCGCUUUCGUCCCAAACCUACGGCGGAUACGGAGGAUCUUCUACUGUAAGUGGCUACUCUACUUUUAGAAUUUAAGAGAAUCAUUGUUUA